AAAUGGCAUAAAGCAUUGCCCUGUCUGUCUCCCUGGGAGGACAGAGAACACUUGUUGCAGGAUAUGAUAUGAUUGCACAAUUCUAGUUGCUUCGAUCCUGGCCAAGAUAGAGGUCGCCUUGAAGAACGUUUUAAGGAACUGCUUUUUGAUGCAAUGGCCUCAGACAGAGAAGAGUUUAACCUCUGUGGACCCUUACAUCUUACAGAUGUCGACUGGGCAAAUGAACAUCACCAGCGUUCUGUAGCAGCUUGUUUGGUUCAGGGUAUAUAUAUAGCAGAGCGGGACCGUCAGCUUAAACGCGAGGAAUCGCAAGCUCUUGCAUCUCCCUGGUGGGAAUUCUUCAACUUCAAGUUGAUCCGUCACCUCAAAGACGAUGCUGAUUUCUCCAUAUUUGGCGGCAUUUACGAGUUCAAACCUCCACAAUCUUCACCGCCAAACGAAGGCGAGCGCAUUGACUCACAAGCCCCAGUAUAUGUUAUAGCCUUCAGGGGGACCCUUACCAAAUUCGAUUCAGUAUCCCGUGACAUUGAGCUGGACAUCCAUAUCUUACGAAAUGGACUCCACCAGACAUCCCGGUUCGAGAUUGCUCUACAAGCGGUCAGAAACAUGGCUGCUUCGGUUGGUGCCUCAAGGCUCUGGCUAGCUGGACAUUCUCUAGGCGCUGCUAUGGCGCUCCUCGCGGGCAAGACUCUGGCCAAGACUGGUACAUAUAUCAGCUCGUUUAUAUUCAACCCUCCAUUUGUUGCUCCCCCGAUCGAGAGGAUAGCAAACGAGCGGGUUAGGAACGGGAUUAGAAUCGCAGGCAGUGUCAUCACAGCAGGACUUGCGCUUGCCAGGAACCUCAAACAGCAGCAACUGUUGCAACUAUAUCAGAACCUGUCUGAAGAUCCUUUUGAGGUGCUAUCAUUAUGGAUUCCUUGCAUAUAUGUGAAUCCUGGGGAUCAUCUAUGUUCGGAGUAUAUCGGGUUUUUCGAGCACAGGGGAAUAAUGGAAGGGAUAGGAGCAGGGAGGAUAGAAAGGGUGGCGAUGAAGCAUUCAUUUGGAGGAUUGGUGAUGGGAGCGAUGGGAAUGGAGAAGACAAUGGAGGUGGAAGAACCGGUUCAUGUAAUUCCAUCGGCUAAGCUAACCAUAAACCGAACCGGUUCAGAUGAUUUCAAGGAAGCUCAUGGUUUGCACCAAUGGUGGAGAGAUGAUCAAGAGUUGGUUUCAAAGGUUUACUUGCAUAACAACAAACAGUGAAUUCAAUCUCUUACAAGUUCAUACCAAAGCGGAUUAAACCGGCAUUGGUUCAUUUUUAGAACUUUUUAGUUUGGUUUCAUGGUUUGUUGUACGUGACAUGUGUUCUUUAUAUCUUUUAUGUAAAUAAAUUUGUGUUGUUUUGCACAAGUAUUAUUAUGCUCCGUUGCCGGAGACGAAGAUUCCGACA